AUACCUAUAAGGUCGGUACGACAAAUAUCAAUCGUUUUUGAUUGCGCUCAACCUUGCGUAAUGUAUUUAGUUCGUAGCUUCGCUUAAUUUUCGGAUAAUCCGAAAAUUAAGCGAAGCUACGAACUAAAUACAUCAUGCAAGCUUGAGCGCAAUCAAAAACGAUUGAUAUUUGUCGUGCCAACCUUAUAGGUAUGGUAUACUUACUUAGUAGAUACAUGAGUUGCCUCAGAUAGGGAAACGCGUUGUUUUCUAACUCGAUAAAAUAAAAUUGUAUUAAAACAAGUUUCAUCGUUAGAAUUUUACAUAUUUUUUAUUUUUGACCGCGUUGUAUACAAUUUAUGUACAUUCCGUUCGUGAUUUGAUAUCGAUGCAGAACUGAACGCGUUGGACAGUUUGAAGUUAGAUAAAGGUGGCUCCUUGGUUUUGUUAGAACUGCAGUCGCACCAACUGAAUGAUUCAUAACAAAAUGACGAAGAUGUUUACUACCUUUUCCCUAUGCGUGUAUUUUUUAUUGGUCAUAAUUCGAGCUGACAAUGCUAAACACGAAUGUCAAAAUUUACCAACUGACGCAACCUCUUUCGCAACUAUGAUGACCGAGGGAAUGGUUUUCGUCGACAAAACUGCUUUCAUUGAGAAACUACUGAAUUUAGCCAAGCCACCAUUCGUUAUACUCACCCGCCCCCGCAGGUUUGGAAAAUCCACAUUUAUAGAUAUGUUAUUUGAGUUUUAUUCCGGAAAUAAACAUCUUUUCAAUGACACGUACAUCGCCAAACGAAUGCCCGGAGACUGGACAAAAUAUCCCAUUAUCCGAAUGGAUUUCGGUUUUGUUACUCCAAUUAACAGUAUCGCUGAUAUUGAUAAGUAUGAAAAGGAACUCGAAACUAUACUUUGCGGCAUUGGAAGAGAAUAUGGGCUCGACUGUGAAUCAAGUCGCCUCAUUGGUGUACUCAUCGACAGUCUGUACAUUAAAUUUGGCCAACCUGUAGUAAUCUUGAUCGAUGAAUAUGAUAAAAUAUCCAAACAAGGAAAUCCUAAGUUGUUGAAACAGUUUGAAGACACUAUCGUCGCAUUCUAUGAUUCAAUAAAACAGAAGAACAAGCGUAUCAAACUCCUAUACAUUACCGGUGUUUCUAGAAUAUCCCUAUGUUUUGCGCAAAGUGGCCUGAACAAUCCCAUAGACUUGACGUUCGACAAAAAUUUUUCUAGUGCAAUGGGAUUCACAUUAGAUGAAAUAAAAUCGAAUUUUGGACCAUGCUUGCAGUGUUUGGCCACUCAUUAUGGAGUGAAUGACGUAUCGCAGAUCAUUACAAAUCUCACUUAUAGGUACGACGGCUACAGAUUUAGUCUGGAAGAUGAUAAAACAAAAAUGUUUAAUCCCGUUUCCGUAAUCUCCUGCUUUAGAGAAUUGGAAAUCACAGAUUAUUGGACACGGACGGGGAAAAUUGAUGACGUAAUCGAAAGGAUAAAAAUAACGGAUAAAAGUAUCGAAGAGUAUUACUAUUAUAGUAUAAACGUUAAACAUGUGAAGUAUUUAUACGAUAACGAAUUCAGCCCGCAGAUUCCGCCAGCCGUUUUAUUACAUAAUUACGGUUAUCUGACAAUUAGAAGAUAUACUAAAAAAUCCGGUACCGUUAUAUUAGGAUAUUCAAAUAAGGAAAUCGAAAAUGCAAUUAAAGAAAAACUAAUGGAUGCGCGCUUUGAACCGACUUACGAACACGCGAUUAAUAUGAGUUUACGGGAAGGAGAUUUGGAAGCUUUCAUUGGCUUUCUGAACGAUAAGGCAUUCAGAAACUUUAAUUUGCCUAGAUCCCAAAAACCAAAAAAAAGGGCCCGAUACACGGUCACUAGACAAAUUCUAACCGCACUAAUUGAUUCCGAAAUAGCCGCUGUGUAUUCCACUCAGUGCAUGAUUGUAGAAGAUGGUCAAACUAAGGGCGAUAUCGACCUCCAGAUUAUAAGUAUGCAUUGUCAGGUUAAAAAGAAAACUCACCUUAAAAGUUCAACUCAGGUUAGAAAAAGUUUCAACAAUUCCAACUGUUUUAAAUCAGAUGUGGUCAUUACGAUUGAGAUUACAGUGUGUCACAGCGCCAUCAAAGCGAUGUUGCAAUUGCUCGAAUACGCUGUAAAACAUACCAACCCGUUUCGUAUGGAGAUCGAUAAAUCCUCCAGAAAGGAUCUCCCAACUCGUACUAAUUUGUUGGCCUUAAACAUCGAAAAGAUACAGAAUCAGCGUGUCAAAAUUCAAGGCUGGAUUACCAUUCCCUACCGAAAUGGCAAAAUUUUUGUAAACGAACUGCAAAGUAAUGACAAAACCGCAUUUCAUGAACUAAAAACAGGUUGGGAAGGUAAAAAAUCCAAGUGGGGCAGUGCGGAUCUCGAAUCAGAAAAGGAAAUCGUAGUUUGGACUGAAGAGCCAUCGGUUACAACAGAAGAAACCACAGAUAUACAGCCCAUUAAGCCAAAACGAACCAGAAGAUCUUAGGUAUUAACGCCGAAACUUCAAGUGCUUUCUUUUUGCAUGCUCGGCUGCACGAUGAAAUCAAUCGUUUUAUUCACUCAUGUAGCAUUUAAGAAAUAAAGUAUACCUCUAGUGAAGUAA